CCGUGGGUAAGAUUUAAGAAAACAAGUGAAACGAUAGAAUAACAUGUGAAUUAGUGACCGUAAAUAAGACUUGGCUUAAAGGUCUCGUUACCAGGCCAUAAAAUUAUAAAAAAAAAAACAGAGAAAUGAAAAAUUGAGAAUUCUGACAUCGACACAAACGGAAAAACGUGAGAAUUUUUCUUUAAAUUAUCUUGGAAGUUUGUUUUACUUAUCUUUGAAUAACCAAAUUUAAAAUGAGCGUAUGGCCAGAAGUAACUACGGCGAAAUCAGAAAACAGACAUGAAAUCAAGUUAUCUGGCGCCACUAUUUCAAAACGAAUUUCAGAGGAAGGUUUAGACAAAAAUGUAUUUCAGUUAACCAACAUAAAUCUUUUAAAUAUCAGCGAUACUUGUCUAACUAAAAUACCUGAUGAAAUUAAAUACUUGGCGAAUCUACAAUCCUUACUAUUAUACGGUAAUAAAAUGACGGAAUUCAAUGAAAACAUAACCUUAUUACAAAAGUUAAAAGUUCUAGAUGUUUCAAGAAACCAACUUACAUGUAUUCCAGACAGUUUAAAUAAAAUGAAAGAGCUUACUAAUAUAAACUUAAGUUCUAAUGAAAUUUCCGAGAUGCCUAAAAUUGGCGAUAUGGUAAACCUUAUAACAUUUGAUCUUUCAAAUAAUAAGCUUACGAGUUUCCCAGACAUGGAAGGAGGAAGUUUUCCACACUUCACAGAUUUCAGGAUUAAAGGGAACUUAAUUGAAGUAUUGCCUGCCUAUAUUGCUAGUACUUUACAGUCUUUAAAGAACUUUGAUAUUAGUGACAAUCAAUUGACGACUAUUCCAGGCGAGAUAGCUUCUAUGUCGAAAUUAAAAGAACUAAAUCUAAAAGGCAACAAACUGUCUGAUAAGCGCCUGAAAAAGCUAGUCGAUCAGUGUCGUACAAAACAAGUUUUAGACUAUAUCAGAGAACACUGUCCAAAAGCAGACAAUGCUCAACCAACAGGAAAGAAGGGGAAAAAGGGCAAAAAAGAAGAACCACAACCUGAAGAAAAUAUUAAUGAUCUCUGUCACAGUCUAAAGAUCUUACAUGUAGAUGACGACACAUUAAAAGUAAAAAUAGUUGAGAAUGAAGUUUGCAAUAUUCGCCCCUUUAUCUUGUGUUGCAUAAUUAAUGAUUUGCGUUUUGAUGAAGCAUUGUUCAAGAAAUUCAUUCAGAUGCAAACAAAAUUACAUGAUACAGUCUGUGAUAAACGUAAUGUUGCAACAAUAGCUACACAUGACAUCGCGAAGAUGCCACCAGGUAACCUUGUAUACACAGCAAAACCUCCUUCGAAACUAAAACUGACACCACUUACAAGAUCCAGGCCAUUUACCGGCGAACAACUCUUCCAUCAGCUAACCACCGAGGCAGAAGCUCUAAGAAAGGAGAAGAAAAGAAAUGUGUAUUCUGGUAUUCAUAAAUACCUGUAUUUACUGGAAGGAAAACCCAAAUACCCAUGCUUGGAAGAUUCUCAAGGUAGAGUCAUCAGUUUUCCGCCUAUCACUAAUUCAGAUGAUACUAAAAUGUCUUAUGAAAGUAAAUCAAUGUUGGUUGAGGUGACAUCGCAUUCCUCUCUAGGGGCCUGCAAGACUGUGAUGGACAAACUUCUCCAAGAAUGCCUCAUGUUAGGCAUUGGAGAUGAAGAGAACUCACCUUAUCACACUCUCACCGUUCAACAGGUGAAAGUGGUGGAUUUAGAAGGAAAUUUGAAAAGUGUAUAUCCAUCCAGAACAGACUGUGUGUUUGAUGAAGCGUCAGUUAAAGUAUUCCGAUUAUCUAAAAAGUAAAAGCCACAUAUACUUCAAAUGUGUCUAAAGAUACCUUGUUUUUUAAUACUUGUUUUGAGUUUUAUAAAAAUGCGUAUUGUAUAAUCGAACAUCAAAGAUGGUUUGCCUUUUAAAUGAGUAAGAAUUUGUGCGCUAACGUAACUGAUCUGUGAUGUUAGUAACGUUAAAAA